AUGGAUACCCUCCGUGAAUCUUUUCAUUAUGGCACUUCGCCUUUGACCUCAUCAUCACUCGCAUCCCCUUACAAUACCUACCUUUUUGGCAGUCAUAUCUCCAAGUCUCUAUCACCUCUCCUCCAUGGCAUCCUCUUCCGAUCCUUGGGUGCGUCAUGGAAAUUCCAUCUAGAACAGACCACCGAUAAAGAAAAGUUUCAAGAUACACUGGCUGCUCCGGAAUCUAUCGGGAUCUCCAUAACAAUGCCAAACAAGGUCACCUUUGGCCUAUUGUUGGAUGACUUGACCGAGGCAGCUCGAGUGAUCGGGGCUGUUAAUACCACCUUCGUCCGCCUGGAUUCGACUGAGAAGCGCCGUUACAUUGGCACAAACACAGACUGUGUUGGAAUUCGCGAGUCUAUUGUGCAGUAUGAUCCCACUGCCGUCAAGACCGCGAAGGGCAAGCCCGCAAUGGUGAUUGGAGGGGGAGGAGCCGCACGAAGCGCUGUAUAUGCGUUGUGGAAAUGGUUCUCGCUAUCAGAGAUCUACAUUGUCAAUCGACUCAAGUCAGAGGUUGACGACAUAGUGAAGCAUUUUACCAAGGCAAUGCCUGGCAUUCAGCUACGAUACAUUUCAGACAUUGCAACUGCGCAAUCACUUCCGGCCCCGUCAAUAAUUGUGAGCACAAUCCCGGAUUACCCACCAUCGGAACCUGGAGAGGUUCUCUGCUGGAAAAUCUGUGAGACUAUUUUCCAGAAGGCCGACAAAGGGCUGUUGGUCGACAUGUGUUAUAUGCCAUUUCCAGAGACGAGGCUUGUCAAAGCAGCAAGAAAAGCAGGGUGGAAAACUAUCCUGGGCACAGAAGUGCUAGUACGAGUUUGUGUUGCGCAGGAAGUUCUAUGGACGGAAAGACUGCCGAACCAGCGGGGUGUGAGCGAGGCAGUUGCCGCAAUUACCCAAUCGAGGGACGCUGCGAAGCUAUAA